AUGUUUAUAAGAUCACCAAUAAUAUUUAAACCAUGGGUUAAUAGUAGGUGUUUGUCUAGUAUUACCAAAUUUGAUACUAGAAAAUUUGUACGAUCUUUACAAGAACAAGGUGGAUUUAAUGAAAAACAAUCAGAAGCAGCUGUAUCGAUUGUAAAUCAAGCUAUAAAUGAUGGUAUAUAUUCAAUUACAAAUAAUUUGGUUACUAAAGAAACCUUAAGUUCAAUAGCUUAUCAACAAAAAGUUGAUUUUGCAAAAUUAAAAGGUGAAUUACAAACACUUGAUAAAUCGGAAUUUUCAAGUCUUAAAAAAGAGCAAGAAAAAUUAAGAACAGAUUUAACAAACUUAAAAAAUAGAUUAAAAGAAGAAAUUACCAAAAAUCAAGCUAGUGUAAGAUUAGAUUUAAAUUUAGAAAAAGGUAGAAUUAGAGAAGAAAGUUCUGUUCAUGAAUCAAAAAUUGAAGAUACAUAUUCAAGAAUAGAUGAAGAAGUAGCAAAUAUGCAAAUGCAAAUCAAAUCGGUUAAAACACAAGUUUUACAAUGGUUGAUGGGUGUAAGUACUGGUUUACUUGCAUUACUAUUUACAUUUACAAGGUUCUUCUUAUAA